AUGGAGAACGGCAUUGCGAAUAUCUUCGGUGUUAUUAUCGCUGGUCGGUUGAUUCAAGCGAAUUUCAUUCAAGCAAGUGAGCGAGAAUACGUUACCGAAGUGGAAGACGCUGGCUCAAUCAAUCAUAUCGUCGUUUUUUUAACCGGCAUAUUGCCCUUUCCUGAUGGGAGUGGAGGAUGUGUGUUUAUUCGUUGGCCACAGUUACAGUCGGAAACGAAUUGGCAUUAUCUUGGAAGCAUUUCAAAUGCAAAACCGAGUGCAAUUUUUCGUGUUGCUCAGUUGCAUAAAUUGGACGCUAUUCACGAAUCAGUUUUUACAUCAUUACCGUUAUCAACUAGCGCAAAUGGAAUUGCCCAAAUUGGUAUUAGUAUAGAACCACUUUCUGCAAUUGAUAGUAAAGUCCCUGCUGUUGGAAUAACACCUAGUCAACAACCACUGCACAUGGAAUUUCCUGAGAAAAUGCUGAAAAAUUUUGUAAAUUAUGUCACAUCUUUUGUUGUUACCAUUCCGAGACCAGAAAAUCCUAAUAGUGUUGUUGAAUUCAUUCCGGCAUCAACAAUUCAGAAUUGGUAUACAAAUUUUUAUAAUCGUUUAAAACAGAAUCCUGAUUUUUGGAGGAAUCUCGAAUAG